AUGUCUACCGAUGAUACUCAAGACAUCAUGCUUCAGGCCCAAUGCCUCUGCAAAGGGUUCACGUUCACCGCGCAAAUCACUCGCCAAAACCUACCUCUUGAGGGAUCCAUGUGCCACUGCACGUCGUGCCGAAACGUCACUGGAGCCAUGUACAGCAGUGAUACAAACUGGCCCGGCCCGCGAGACGAAGUUCUCAAUUCGAAUCUCAAGCGUUACGAGUUCACGGCCAACGUCACUGUUAUGUUCUGUGGAACUUGCUCCGCUCCCAUGUUCUGGGAUGAGCAUUAUCAGAACAAAGCCAACCAUUUGAGUGUUUUCACGGGGGUCCUGAAGGAUGUUGACGAUGGAAAUCUGAUCCGAUUCGUGGAUCAGAUAUUUGUUGGGGAUACAGAAGAUGGAGGCAUUUCACCGUGGCUACAGGAUGUCAACCACAAUGGUCCGAAGCCACGUAUUUGGGAAGGAAGGUCGGGUAAGAGCAAUGAGUUGCACGAGGACUUGCUAGCAGCUAAAGGAAAUGUUCCUUCGGAGAAGGUUGCUAAGACAGGUAUCCCUAUGCACUGCCGCUGCAAAGGUGUUCAGCUUGUCUUUCGACCAGGCAAUGUUAACUUCUCAACCAUGGACCCCAAAGAUAUACCGGGAUACAUCGACCGGGCAUCUCACAAGCAUCUUGCCACGCUGGACCCAUGCAAUUCAUGUCGAUUAUCGAUAGGAGUCGACAUGAUGAACUGGACGUUCGCUCUCCCAGCACAAAUCGAGUUUGCCGAAGCGUCCGAGGGGAACAAGUUUCCUCAAAACACCCAUGAGCUCAAGAGUGCAGUACAGAGUCAAGAGCGAGAUCCCCGAUAUGGGACUCUUACCUUUUACGCCAGCUCACCAGAUGUCCAGCGAUAUUUCUGCUCUCGAUGCUCCGCUACAGUCUUCUACACGGUGGAUGAUCGUCCAGAUGUUAUUGACGUGGCUGUUGGACUCCUGCAUGCGCCUGAAGGGGCUAGAGCGGAGAGUGUUCUGGCCUGGAACCUGGGGGCCCAGAUGAUGAGUGAGAAGGAGUUUGGUGAUACUUGGCGGGGUAACUUGGUGAAGUCUGUUAAAGCAGGAUCGGAGAAGUGGAGAACAAAGAAAGGUUAUGAGAAGACUUGGUUUAGGGUCAACGGCGAAGAGGCACAGAAUAAGGCGUGA